GACUAGCUUUCCGUGCGGUGCGGGGUGACGGCGGCCCGCGUCUUCCUCCUCCUGCCGCGGGGCCGGAUCGCCUGACGGUGUCCAGCUGCGCUUAAGUCUGGCAGGUGCCACCUGUCUCCGCAAUGCCCCCGAAGAAACAGGCUCAGGCCGGGGGCAGCAAAAAGGCGGAGCAGAAAAAGAAGGAAAAGAUUAUCGAAGACAAAACUUUUGGUCUAAAGAAUAAGAAAGGAGCAAAGCAACAGAAGUUUAUCAAGGCUGUCACUCAUCAAGUCAAAUUUGGUCAACAAAAUCCACGUCAGGUAGCACAAAGUGAAGCUGAAAAGAAAUUGAAGAAAGAUGAUAAGAAGAAAGAAUUGCAAGAGCUAAAUGAACUGUUCAAACCUGUAGUUGCUGCUCAAAAAAUAAGUAAAGGUGCAGAUCCCAAAUCUGUGGUAUGUGCAUUCUUCAAGCAAGGACAGUGUACUAAAGGAGACAAGUGUAAGUUCUCUCAUGACUUGACUCUGGAGAGAAAGUGUGAAAAGCGAAGCGUUUACAUUGAUGCAAGAGAUGAGGAACUUGAAAAAGAUACUAUGGAUAAUUGGGAUGAGAAAAAACUGGAAGAAGUAGUGAACAAGAAGCACGGUGAGGCGGAAAAGAAAAAACCAAAAACUCAAAUAGUGUGCAAGCAUUUCCUUGAAGCUAUUGAAAACAAUAAAUAUGGCUGGUUUUGGGUAUGCCCUGGAGGAGGUGAUGUUUGCAUGUAUCGUCAUGCACUUCCUCCUGGAUUUGUAUUGAAAAAAGAUAAAAAGAAAGAAGAGAAAGAAGAUGAAAUUUCAUUAGAAGAUCUAAUUGAAAGAGAGCGUUCUGCCCUAGGUCCAAAUGUUACCAAAAUCACUCUAGAAUCUUUUCUUGCUUGGAAGAAAAGGAAAAGACAAGAAAAGAUUGAUAAACUUGAGCAAGAUAUGGAAAGAAGGAAAGCAGACUUCAAAGCGGGGAAAGCGUUAGUGAUCAGUGGUCGUGAGGUGUUUGAAUUUCGUCCUGAACUGGUUAAUGAUGAUGAUGAGGAAGCAGAUGAUACCCGUUACACCCAGGGAACAGGUGGUGAUGAGGUUGAUGAUUCAGUGAGCGUAAAUGACAUAGAUUUAAGCCUGUACAUCCCAAGAGAUGUAGAUGAGACAGGUAUUACUGUAGCCAGUCUUGAAAGAUUCAGCACAUAUACUUCAGAAAAAGAUGAAAACAAAUUAAGUGAAGCUUCUGGAGGUAGGGCUGAAAAUGGUGAAAGAAGUGAUUUGGAAGAGGACAUUGAAGGGGAGGGACAGGAAAAUGGAGCCAUCGAUGCUGUUCCUGUUGAUGAAAAUCUUUUUACUGGGGAAGAUUUGGAUGAACUAGAAGAAGAAUUAAACACACUUGAUUUAGAAGAAUGACACCAAACAAGUCAAUGAAAAAGUUAAGCUGGCUCAGCAUGAGUUGAAAUAGACUACAUUAAUUUUUUUUCCACCUAGAAUUCUUCAGCAGGAUGUUUAUUUCCCUUGCUGAUUCUGGAGGGCUUACUCUCCUCCAAAAAAGGAAUAUUCUCCCUACAUCUUGUCUUCUGACUUUGGCUACAUCUCAUAGUAAGUUCAGAGUAGUUCAUGAUAAAUUGCAAAUAUAAUGGUCAUUGCAGAAGAUGAUUGAUUGCUGUAACUGUCCACUCAAGUAGGAAGUGUAACUGCUUUUCCAACUUUUGAUUUUCAUUGGGCAUGUGUUAUUACAAGGACAACAUAAAUUUAAAUUUAAAAUAUCCUUCAUUUAAUGCAGUUUUUAAUGAGUGAUUUCAUUUCCUUUGUAUUCAUAUGUUUAAAAGACUGCCUAAAAUAUGAGCGCUGUCCUUCAUAAAGGAAACUGCAUAUGCAGAUUCAGUAUUGUUUGUCUUUGGACAAUUAGAUGGACGUAUAAAAUGAAACUUCUUUAAUCUGACAGGAUCAGCUGCAAUGCCCUGUGUUAAACUGUUUUAAACUUUUUCACCUUUUUUGCCAAUAAAGUUGUAAAUAAAGACCAUCAUACAUUAAAAUCCAAAUAUGGGCCUUUUUUUUUUUUUUAAGUUUUUCUAUCAAAGUUUUCUUAGCAUUUCUAGCUUGAGGAUUUUAACUAAAUAUCUGUUAUAGUUGAUGAUCACAGAAGGCACAGACAUUUAAAGGCUUCUCUUAAUACUGAUUACAGAACUGUGUUGAGUACUGACAGUACUAUUGUGAGUUUAAUAACGCUAAUACCUUGAAAAGAGACUAUAAGUGAUGUUACGUGAAAGGGUAAUUCAUGAACUGAUAGAUCAUCAACCUCAUUAAGUAUCAACUACAGUUGAACCAAAUACUACUUAGGCAUCGUUGUGGAGAUCCAUGAUGUUAUAAUAGUACAUACUAAAGUUUGAUUACUCUGAAAGAGUGUAAACAAAUCCACCUUUGACAUUGUGAUACAUUUAAAAUGGACAUAACUUGCUAAUGACAUGUUUAGUACUAGUUAUACUUUUUAUCAUUUUUAUGUAAGUAUAUUUUCAAAUAUUAAUACAGAAAUCUCAUUUCUGCCUCAGAUAAGUUGUAUGAUUUUUCAAAUCUCUGAAUCUUAGUUUCUUCGUCUGCAAAUAGAAGUUAAAGUGCUUCUGAAUUGUAAAACCUAAGAAAACAUGAUUGUAAAUCAUGUCAAAUGGUAACAUCAAUGUUGGUAAAGAAAUUGACUACCUAGCUGUUCAGUACUAGUACUAUAAUUGACAUUUUUCAAAUGUAGAUUAUCACGAACCAAGUUUAUUUCCCAUCUGCAAUGAAAGUGUACUUGAAUACUUUGUAUGUAAAAAAGACUGCUUGAGUUUUGAAGUUUAUAACUAUCUAUGAAACAUUUAUUCUAUUCUUUUUAUUAAAAAGUUUUAAAUGUUACUUAAUGCAUUAUUUAGUAAUGAAACAUUUCCAGAAUAAUCUAAAGAAUUUAAAUCUUUGGGGCUGGCGCUGUGGUGUAGUGGGUAAGUUUGGUGUGUUCCACUUCAGUGGCCCAGGUUCAUAGGUUCAGAUCCCAGGUGCAGACCUACACUACUCGUUAGCCAUGCUUUGGUGGCAACCCACAUAUAGAGUAGAGGAAGAUUGGCACAGAUGUUAGCUCAGGACUAAUCUUCCUCAGCAAAGAAAAAAAAGAAUUUAAAUUUUUCUAAAGCUAUAACCCAAGCAAUCUUUUUUUUCUCAUUUUUAAAACCAUCUAAAACUUUGCUAAGAAUUAUCUGUUAAAAAUUAGAAUCUAUUUACUUUAGACCCUAAGUCAUUUUCUUUUAAAUGUAUAUAAGGUAGGCCUACG